AUGAGUGCUCCACGACCCCGCGCCCUCUCCAGUCGCGUCGACCCCGGACUUGGUCGCAGUCCCAUUUCACCUUUACAGAGUACAAUGGAUUCCAUGCGCUCAAGUACAACCAGUCCUAAACAGAGAAUGACCCGAGAUCUGAAAAAUACCGAAAAGCGUACUGACCGCUCCGUCAUCACAACAAAAGAGAAGAUAAUACGAAGGAAUACAGUUAACGCCUCCAACCGUGGCGAUCGCGAAAAACCACGGUCUCAACCAGCGAGUUUCUCUCAUCCAUCCAGCUUUGAUGGUGCAAAUGUAGGACCUCGACAAACAGAGCAGCACCCUGUAGCAGUAUGGAAUCCUCAAGCAUCUCUAACUCCUCACUCGUCGGCCCCCCUUGCCUGUCGUGUAUCCGUUCCUCCUCCAGCUUCGACAGUACCGCAGUCCCUUCUCCCCCGACAUUUCCGAGAUCUUUCACCCGACGACCAGGAAGCGGCGAUCCUAGAUGAUUUACUCUUUGUGUUCAUGGGCUUCGAGGGCCAGUACAUCCACUACCAUAGCUCUUAUGACCCGUCGGUAGAAAAAGACCGGCUAGGUGGCCCGACAUUCCAAUUGUCGCCUGGCUUAGAUCCCACUUUGCGCGAUCUUGCACAGUCGAUGUUGAAGAUGGCGACCCACUACAGCGCGAUGGAGGCCUUUGUGGAGAUUCAGAGCCGUGCCGAGUACGGUGCUGUCAGUCAUGCGCUUUGCGCAUCUAUACGAAAACUCCUGAAGGACUAUCUGAUCCUGAUCGCGCAACUGGAAAACCAGCUACUGAAUAAUCCUACAUUUACCCUCCACCAACUUCACCUCCACACGAUGCCCACUAGUCAGUGUCUAGCUCAGUUGUAUUCUCUGGGGCAGGAGCUUCUUAAGAAUAAUGGUCUUCUGGACCAAGAUCUCGAUGACACAAUUGACGAUUUCGACGACGUUGACAAUAUUCUUGAACAGCUCAAAGAAGGAGGCAAUCUAUUGCCGGGAUCCAUGGCGAGCCAGAAGAUCUUCAAGGGAGGGAACGUGCUCAGACUACUCACGGAGCGCCUGGCUACAUUUUCUGGCGACCCGACAACAAAGAACCUCAUUCAGACAUUGCUACGCGAUGCCAGUCGACCGUAUAUGAACAUGUUGAAUGAAUGGCUACAUCACGGUGGAAUCAGGGACCCACAUGCAGAAUUCCUGGUGAAGGAACAAAAAUGGAUCAAGCGAGAAAAGUUGGAAGAAGAUUACACAGAUGAGUACUGGGAGAAACGGUAUACGAUCCGUGAGAAUGAGGUUCCACCGCAACUCCACAGCGUAAGGGAUAAAGUCCUUCUCGCCGGGAAAUAUCUCAAUGUUGUCCGCGAAUGUGGUGGAGUAGAUGUCAGUAAAGCUGUGAAAGACGCACCCAAAACCCUUGACGACCCACGCUUCUUGGAAAACGUCAAUGCCGCUUAUACAUAUGCCAAUGCCUCUUUGUUAAAUCUCCUUCUCACUAAGAACUCUCUCACAACCCGAUUCCGCUCUCUCAAACACUACUUCUUCCUCGACCGUUCUGACUUUUUCUCUUAUUUCCUCGAGCUUGGAGCAUCCGAACUGCAGAAGCCUGCCCGAGUGGUCAACGAGGGCAAACUACAGUCACUUCUUGAUCUUGCGCUGCGUCAACCUGGCAGUAUUGCUGCCCAGGAUCCGUUCAAGGAAGAUGUAAAGGUCAAAAUGAACAAGAUUGGGCUCACAAAAUGGUUAAUGCAGGUGGUCAGUGUCUCUGGUAUCGACCAAGAUCAUCCGGAGGCGGCACUUGUAAAGCAACAGGCUUCGGCUGCUCGGGCUGCAGAUGAUGAUAAGAAUAUUUCAGGAUUUGAGGCACUGGAGCUGGACUACUCAGUGCCCUUCCCACUAUCUCUUGUCAUCAGUCGCAAAACUGUUCUACGAUACCAACUCAUAUUCCGACACCUUCUAUCACUACGCCACCUGGAGACGCAGCUGGUCGCAUCUUGGGCAGAGCAGAAUAAGGGGGCCACCUGGCGACAUAAAUCAUCCGACCCAAGGUUAGAGAAAUGGAAACGACGUACGUCGAACCUACGAGCGAAGAUGCUCGUCUUCAUUCAGCAGAUGUUGUAUUUCUCUACGUCUGAAGUCAUCGAACCCAACUGGGUGGCGUUGAUGGAUCGAAUCAAUGGAGCAGAUGCCAACGGAUCCGAGGUGACCGUGAAUGGCACGAAGCAGGGCAACCGAACUGUUGAUGAAUUGAUGCAGGAUCAUGUUGACUUUUUAGAUACCUGUCUCAAGGAAUGUAUGCUCACAGAAGCCAAACUGCUCAAGAUCCAUUCCAAGAUAAUAUUAUGUUGUACCAUGUUCGCAAGUUGGACUACGUCCUCUUCAUCCUCACUCACGCGCUUCCUGGUCGUUGCUGAUCCUGAGCUGGCGCAAAAAGCACCGGGCGAUAGCGGAGGCUACGACCCUGCAAAGCUCCAAAAGCUUGAAGACACAUUGAAGAGAUAUGAGGACCACUUUCACCGCCAUCUGCGGAUUCUCCUGGACAGCAUGAACUAUUUUGCUGCCACUGAAAGUGUAGUGUUACUCAAACUUGCACACUCGCUCAGUUCUAUCAACAGAGAGGAUUGA